AUGAAGCUCUUCAUAGUGGGAAUUGUGGUGUUAGCGGGUAUAUUUCUUGGCGCCAACGAAGGAUCGGCCAAAUUGUUAGAAAACGAUUGUGGAACAGUAAGAAGUAUUUCGCGGCAUAAGCGGGUGAUUGGAGGACGAAUUGCUGGAGUGCUAGAAAAUCCAUGGAUGGCUUUGUUGCUCAGUGAUAAUAAAGAUGAUAAUGACUUUUGUACCGGUUCGCUCAUCACAUCUCGUACGUAGUUCACUUAAAUUUCUGAAUAGCUCUUUUAAAUUAUGGUUUUUACUCGCAGGUUUUGUUCUAACGGCUGCCCACUGCCUUUCCCCGCAUAUUAAGUAUAUAAAUCAGUGAAAUUCUUCUAUGGAAAUAUUUAAUUUUAUUAAUUUCAGUAAGGUGCGCUUAGGAGAAUAUUGCAGGGCGUCGGAUUGCAUACCAAGGGACGGUGAUAUUGAUAUCGAUCGGAAGAUUAUUCACCAGCAAUUCCCAUUGAAAAAGGCUACUUCAAGGCAUGACAUAGCUCUGGUUCGAAUGGCACAAUCAGUUCA